GUACGUGCAGGGAGUCAUCAAGAACGUUGAAACAGUGACCUUUGAGAAAGAAACCCGAUAGUCUGAACCGCGUUAUUCUGCAUUUCUAUACCCCUGUAAACAAUCUGAAGACACGUACCACAUUCACUGAAGACGGGAGUCGACGAGCUCCAAGCUUUUCUGAUCAUCAAUUUAGCGUAUUUUCUACAAACGCUAAGGAUUAUACAAUCAAGUUAUUGCAAUUAACCCUACAAUUUUAAGUCGACCAAGAAGCGAUUUACUAGCUUCAAGUUCUGUCAAGUAGCUACGAGUUAAGAAUUCAAGAGGCAAAAAAAAUAAUACACUGUACAAGAACAGAUUGACCAUGGGAUGUUCUAGCUCUAUAGAUGUCAAUCCUGCACAUCGAAAAGCUCAUAUUGACAUUUUCAAAAUGGCCAAGAGCUGUGAAUUAAGUUAUGAACAGAAAUACUUGAUACGAGAAACGUGGAAAUUUCUCGAGGUCUCGAAGAGAGAAAUUGGGAUAUCUGUUUACAAACGAUUCCUAACUAUGCAUCCAGAACUAAAACAAUAUUUUACAGAAUUCAAAAAUAUUGAUAUUGGUCACAUCAAUGGGACACACGGUCAUCCAAAAAGACUAUUGAUGGCUAUAGAUAAUGCAGUCACGGCUAUGGGAGAUUCAGAGAGCUUCUCUGCUUAUUUAGUAGAACUUGGAAGACGCCAUAACAUGCCACAUUUACGACCAAGUCACGUCCAUUUUAACGACCUACGCAAGUGUUUCCUCUCGGUCAUUAUGGAAGUUCUCGACAGUGCCACGUUUUGGAACAGUGAAGUCGAGAAAGCCUGGAACCAACUUUUUGACAGCAUUGCCAUCAUGAUGUUGAAAGGCUUAGAAAUGUCUGAGGGUACGUAGCUAGCAAAGACUGUGAUCUUUAUAUCUGUGUGAACAGCUAUAGUGCAAGCAUUAUUUAGAGACCGCAACAUAGCACUGCUAGCUGUUAGGUAUCACUCGAUACUUGAGGACCGACAUGAUCUACUCCGUCAUCAGUUCUUGGAGAUCAUCGACAUCCCAUUUCUUGAAUAAUGAGGAAUAAUGAGGUUACCUCAACAAACUGAAAAAUACACUUUUUUCCGUUUUCGCGCGACACAAUAGCACGCUCUGUCUGCUCUGUCUGAAAGUUUGAAGGAUCUGCGUACGUUGAGGUUGGUAUCUUCAAACGUCAUUUCCGGUCUAUCUCGAGUUCAACUGCCGAAUAGUGGCGAGUCUUCGAACAAACUUUACAUGGAUGAUUUUCCUAUCAUUGUAGGCUGGUAGUCGGAGAUUCAUGAAAUUCAAUUCUUCAGAUUAAUACUAAGCAAUAUAAUAGUUUGUUGCACGUUGAUAGCACAUGACGGGCAGGGCCUUUCUGUCGCUAUGGGCUAGUAGUAUCACGUGAAAGUUUAAGCCUUCGAGUGAUCACUGCGCUAAUAUAUAAAAGUACGAAAAGUCUUAAUCGUACGAUUCGAAUUCAUCGAUACCCUAAAUGACGUCUGGGCUGAUCGAUGUCAGGGUGAAUCACACAUCGAACGCUAAAACAACCUAUGCGCUGACCUAAGUCAGGGUAAGUCAGGGCAUGGCUA